GCGGUGGCACGCAGGUACAGGCGUAGCCCAAAAACUCAAAAUCUCACAUCCCUCAAUCUCUCUCGUCUCUUCUCUUGUUUCCUAUUCUCGCUCCAGUUUUGUGUCGUUCAGAUCUAGGGUUUCAUCACAACAAUGAUAGAGCUUCUGUACAUGGUGAUCCUCACCGAAAUGGUGUUGAUUCUCACCUUAGUUUUCAAAACCCCUUUGAGGAAGCUGGUUCUCAUGGGCUUGGAUAAAAUUAAGCGAGGCAGGGGUCCCGUAAUGGUCCAGACCGUCGCCAUGACUGUCUUCGUUUUGCUCAUCUUCAGCGUCUGGAGUAUGGUCAACAUCCGAAACAGCACGAUCGAGGCCGGUGCCGCUAAUCCGACGGACCAGGUUCUUAUGGCCCGCCACAUGUUGGAAUCUUCUCUCAUGGGAUUCUUGCUAUUCCUCUCCUUGAUAAUUGAUAGACUGCAUAAUUACAUAAGAGAACUUGGGUUACUGAGGAAGACUAUGGAGGCUGCAAGGAAACAAAACCGCGGUCAUGAGGACGGGAAAAAUAGCAGUGCGGAGGAGCUUAAGACUUUGGAACAAGAUAUAGUUACACUGAGGGCAAGGAUCAAGAAGCUGGAGUCUGAAUGCGAGACAAAAACAGGGGAGGCAAAGGCAUCUGAAGUUAAAGUUGAGGCACUAAGAAAGCAAUCUGAAAGAUUGCUUAUGGAAUAUGAUCACUUGCUAGAGGAAAAUCAAAACCUUCGGAACCAGCUAGAGUCAAUUGACCAAAACCCUCAGCAUGAUAACAAAAAGAGCAUGUGAAGAAGCAAUUGCCUGCCGAAGUAGAAAAGAAAAAUUCUGUCAACAAUGUAUGAGGGUAUCCUAGACGUGACAUUAUUAAAGAGACAGCAGUAGGAAGGCAGUGAUCUGAUCUUUACAAUUAGCUUUCUUUCGAUGUGAAUUUGUAGUAAAAAUAUAUGCAAUAUUUGAUUAAAAUUUUCAAUCGCAAUGGUUUAAAUAUGUAUAUAUUCAUCCUA